GCCCCAGUUCUGCUCCCUCCCACUUUACUACAGGCGGCUGAAGCCGGGCCGCCGCGCCACACGGGAGGGAGCAGGCUGGCCCGGCACGACCCCGCCCGCAGCUCCCGCCCGUGCCGAGGAGACGCCAGCCUAGCAGCUACCGUCGUUGCAGCCUUAGAGGAGACGCCGCCGCCGCCGCCGGUCCCGGCCUGCUUGGAACACGCGGACGGGGCGGGGAUGUUGCUCUCCAAGAUCAACUCGCUGGCCCACCUGUGCUCGGCGCCCGGCGGAGAUCUGCACCCGGUGAAGCCGCUGCCAGGAAAGGAGAAGGAGCCCUUGGAGAAGCUCUACCAGGUGGGCCCACUGCUGGGCAGUGGCGGCUUCGGCUCUGUCUAUUCGGGCACCAGGCUGGCCGACGGAGCUCCGGUGGCCAUCAAGCAUGUGUCCCGGGACCGGGUUUCGGAAUGGGGAGAACUGCCUGGUGGGACGAGGGUGCCCAUGGAGAUUUUACUCUUGAAGAAGGUUGGCUCCGGCUUUCGAGGGGUUAUUCGGCUCCUGGAUUGGUUUGAGAGGCCAGAUAGUUUCAUUUUGGUUUUGGAACGGCCGGAUCCUGUGCAGGACCUCUUUGAUUUCAUCACAGAGCGGGGCGCUUUGCCCGAGGAUUUGGCCCGCAGUUUUUUCCGUCAGGUUUUGGAAGCGGUUCGACAUUGUCACAGCUGUGGCGUUCUGCACAGGGAUAUCAAGGACGAGAAUAUCCUGAUUGACUUGAGCACUGGAGAGCUCAAACUUAUAGACUUUGGUUCCGGAGCACUCCUCAAGGACACUGUGUACACCGACUUUGAUGGGACUCGUGUGUAUAGUCCUCCAGAAUGGAUCCGGUAUCACCGAUAUCAUGGCAGAUCUGCUGCUGUCUGGUCCCUUGGAGUGUUGCUCUAUGAUAUGGUCUGUGGAGAUAUCCCUUUCGAGCAUGAUGAGGAGAUCCUAAGGGGGCAGGUCUAUUUUCGACAAAGGGUUUCUCCAGAGUGCCAGCAUCUCAUCAAAUGGUGUUUAGCUCUGAGGCCUUCUGACAGACCAUCUUUUGAAGACCUUCUGAACCAUUCUUGGAUGCAAGAUGUUCUUCUGCCUCAGGAAACAGCUGAAAUCCAUUUGCACAGUCUAAUACAAGAGUCUAGCAAAUAGCCGUGUGUGUUGUCCAAGCGGGGAGAAAACAGAAUUCUGCUCUACUGCGUUCAGCUGAGUGAGGAUUUUCACAGGAACAAAAUUCAUCUCAUUUUAGAUGCAGGCUGUCUGGAAACUUAUCCAACCAUCAAGAACCACAUCCCUCCUGGUAGAGUGAACUCCCAACUCCUAGAGGCUUACCUUGCAACCCUCCUUGCCACUAGAUGAAUCAGGCAAGUCCAUGAGCAUCCAUAACCUGCUGAAUCCUACAAUACGAAAUGUUUGGAGCAGAGGACUAGUGCAUAUGCUUCAACUAGGGGAAUCCGGAUACGGGAGCAGGGAGGGAAGGUACUAAUUUGGACUGGCGCCCUGUCUUCACUGUGUCAUCAUGUUCUGAGUGCCUUCAGUUGCAAACAUAGCUGUGCUGGGGGAAAAUACUUGAAUGUAUUCCUUCAUUGCUGCUGUCUCAAGAUUCUCCUGAGUUACUCUUUAUUCCAUCUUGGAAUACCUGCUUCAAAAGAGUAUGGGGGUGAUACACUGGCAAACGGUAGCUGUACAUGUUGUCCAGUAUGAACUUUUUAGUUUGUUCUUGCUGCCUCUUGAAAGUGAAGGCAACUUCAAAUGCACAAACAAUGCAACCCAACUAACUGUAAAAUUUGUACAAAACAGUACAGGAAAAAAGCUUGGUGUACAGAAGAUUGUAGUUUAUACUAUUUUUACUUCUGUUUUUUUAAUUUAUUUCUAGGGUUUUAAAAUGGAAUGUCCUAACUUGUAGGAUCCUAUUUAUUUUAUUUAUGAAUCAUGUGGGUUUUUGGCCUACACUUCACUGCUACAGCUGCUGACUUGGUGUCCUGUCACAUUGCCCCCUCUUAUUUCUGCUCAGAUCCCUUCCUCACUGUGUUGUCUUCUGUAUGUUCUGCUCAGUUACAUGUCUUGCCACUGUAUGGAGCAGCUGACCACCCCCCAGCCAUCUGUAAAUACUUUAAGCUGUGGCUGUUCAGCUUCUCUGAAGGUUUGAGACAUAUUUCCACAGGUAUUGGUGGGGAGGGCAUCGGUGUGUAUAUACAGCAUGUGUAUAUAGUGCUCUUCUUACUGAAAGUGGGGCAAGAUACUUUGGACUUCAACACUGUCAAGCUUGUAUAAGUAAUUUGGUGUGUAGUUUGCUGUUUUUUUUAAAUAGCUAAUAUUGUACAGGGAAUUAAAAUGCUAUUU